CUCCCACUCCCUUACCCACCAUUUCCAUUUCACCUUCUUCUCGUUUCUUCUCCACUCGAAUUCCUCUCCGAUUCCGCUCACCAAUGGAUCCCGUCACAGAGUGGGGCAACUCUUCCUUGGAGGCCGUGGACUUAGAAAUCCACGAUCUCAUCGAGAAGGAGAAGCGUCGCCAAUGCCGCGGAAUCGAACUCAUCGCUUCCGAAAACUUCACCUCCUUCGCCGUCAUCGAAGCACUCGGCAGCGCCCUCACCAACAAGUACUCCGAAGGCAUGCCCGGAAACCGUUACUACGGGGGCAACGAGUACAUCGACGAGAUCGAAAAUCUCUGCAGGUCCCGAGCUUUAAAGGCCUUCAGAUUGGAUCCCACAAAAUGGGGCGUCAACGUGCAGCCGUACUCCGGUUCUCCGGCGAAUUUCGCCGCCUACACCGCCGUUCUCCAGCCGCAUGAUCGUAUCAUGGGGUUGGAUCUUCCGUCGGGUGGUCACUUGACUCACGGGUAUUAUACUUCUGGAGGAAAGAAGAUUUCUGCAACUUCUAUUUACUUUGAGAGUUUGCCUUAUAAGGUGAAUUCGACUACUGGGUAUAUUGAUUACGAGAAGUUGGAGGAGAAGGCGUUGGAUUUUAGGCCUAAAUUGAUUAUAUGUGGUGGAAGUGCGUAUCCUAGGGACUGGGAUUAUGCGAAAUUUAGAGCCGUUGCCGAUAAGGUUGGCGCGCUUUUGCUUUGUGAUAUGGCUCACAUCAGUGGCCUUGUUGCUGCUGAGGAAGCUGCAAGCCCUUUUGAGUAUUGUGACAUAGUGACAACCACAACUCACAAGAGCUUGAGAGGUCCAAGGGCUGGUAUGAUCUUCUACAGGAAAGGUCCUAAACCACCGAAGAAGGGCCAGCCAGAAGAUGCAGUUUAUGACUUCGAAGACAAGAUCAACUUUGCUGUCUUUCCUUCUCUUCAAGGUGGUCCUCACAAUCACCAGAUUGCUGCUUUGGCUGUUGCCUUGAAACAAGCCAUGAACCCUGGCUUCAAGGCCUAUGCUAAGCAAGUCAGAGCCAAUGCAGUUGCCCUUGGAAACUAUCUGAUGGGCAAGGGCUACAAGCUUGUCACUGGUGGAACUGAGAACCACCUUGUUUUGUGGGAUCUCCGUCCUCUUGGAUUAACUGGUAACAAGGUCGAGAAGCUCUGUGACCUUUGCAACAUUACUGUAAACAAGAAUGCUGUGUUUGGUGACAGCAGUGCCUUGGCUCCCGGAGGAGUGAGAAUUGGUACUCCCGCCAUGACCUCAAGAGGUUUGGUCGAGAAGGACUUUGAGCAGAUUGGAGAGUUCCUACACCGUGCUGUGACUAUCACCUUGAGCAUCCAGAAACAAUAUGGAAAGCUAUUGAAGGACUUCAACAAGGGUCUAGUGAAGAACAAGGAUAUGGAGGAGCUGAAGGCUGAUGUAGAGAAGUUUUCAGGCUCAUUUGACAUGCCUGGCUUCCAAAUGUCGGAGAUGAAGUACAAAGAUUAGGUCUAAAGUGUCAAGUUCUGCAUGAUUUUUACUGCUAAAACAAAAAGGAAAAAGAAAAGAGUGGCAAUCUUUGGUUUUUCAUUUUGGUAGGAUAAGAGUCAAAUCUUCAUUUUUGAAUGUUUCUGUUGGUCCUUUAAUUGUGUGUAUCUGGUCUGUGAGAUUAUGUGCUUAUUCACUUCACCAAUAAUGGGCAAAUGAAAUCUAUCAGCUUUAUCAUUUAUAAA